UAAUUUAUGUGACUUACGUCAUAAAACCUUUCGGUUGGCCUUGAUCUGAAAGGCAUCAGGCUUAUCACGUGCAAAUACAGUUGAAAUUUACAUGUAUUGGCGUAUGUUAUAUCACGUUCGUUUCAGAUCUGCUAAUUUGUUAUUUCUGCCAACGAGUCUGACCUCCUUGUACCCGCCAUCUAAAUGUUAUCCACCAAUGGAGAUCAAGUUGCACAAAUCUGCUGUUUAUUGCUUACUUGGUUCGUAGAGCCGAAAGGACGACUUGCUGUUUAUUGCUUACUUGGUUCAUAGAGCCGAAAGGACGAUCUGCUGUUUAUUGCUUACUUGGUUCGUAUAUCCGAAAGGACGACUUGCUGUUUAUUGCUUACUUGGUUCGUAGAGCCGAAAGGACGAUCUGCUGUUUAUUGCUUACUUGGUUCGUAGACCGAAAGGACGACUUGCUGUUUAUUGCUUACUUGGUUCGUAGAGCCGAAAGGACGAUCUGCUGUUUAUUGCUUACUUGGUUCGUAGAGCCGAAAGGACGAUCUGCUGUUUAUUGCUUACUUGGUUCGUAGAGCCGAAAGGACGACUUGCUGUUUAUUGCUUACUUGGUUCGUAGAGCCGAAAGGACGACUUACAGUUGACUACUACUACUAUUCUCUUACAACUCUCCAAACUUACGUUCUUAAAACUGCUGGUUAACUUCCCAUCUAGGACUACGUCCAACGUGGGAAAUUCGGCUCAAAGCAUUUACUAAUAAUAACGCAAGAUUGAUCAAGUGAACCAGGAGGAAAGGAGAUCAACCAAACGACUACUUUUCGCUCAUCUUGUAGUACAAUUUCCAGUUACAUUCUUUCUAACAGCUCUCAAGAAAACGAAGGAAUCAAAACCGCUGGAGAGUUUUUGUUCUCGUAAGGAAGGAUAUUAAUUCAGUGUAAGACGCAGUGCGCACAAAUCACAUAACCAGCUCAUUUCACCUGGGUAACGCCGUUUAUAAUCUUUAAAAUACCGAAUUAAAGCGUUGAAGUGUAGUGGUUUUUCCAUUCAGAAUAGGAACCAGGCGAAUAAAAAGGGCUCUUACAGCAGUGGCUGCCUGUGCUUUAAGGCUCUCUCCCCUGAGUCUAAAUAGUUUACCAUUUAAAAAUGAUUUUCCUCGAUAUGAAUUAACAACGCCACCACUGGCUUAAAAUGUUUAUGUUGAGACUCGAGAUGCUGAUCUCCAGUUUUGAUAUUAUAAGAUGCAUAAACGCCGUUGAUGUUUUGUUUGAUUUAAGUAUUUUGAAUACUGUUUCAUUCAAGUAAAACUGAAUUAUACUGAAACGUGGAAAGGCAGAUACAACUUACAUUUGGGUUAAAAACAACAAUCAUGUCAUUCGCCCCGUAAACUUUAUUAACAAUGAAACGGCAGCCCGAAACUAGCGAGAACCUAUGCUUGAGAUAUAAUCUAGUACUGUCAGAAUGCAAUGCCUACGAAACGACCGUGAAAGGGGAAGGGGAAUCUAGUAUCAUUACUGGACCAGUGUUUUCGAAUGGUGAAGUAAGUGGGGGCGGCCAAAGAUCAAUGACGUUUACUUCUUCGUCAUCUGAAGCUAACGAGCUCACCGCUGACGACAAGCAAGAGUCUUCGCCGAGCAUCCGGAGCAACCAAUCGCAGCAGAAGGGAGCCAGUUGUCGGUUAGGGUUAGCGCCGCUCAAGGUAACGUCUGCAGCUGAUAGGCGUCCAGAGGACAUUCUAGCGUCGGUAGAACGCGAGUCUGGACUAUCGCAGAAGUCGGAGCAUAGAGAACAGAAAAUAGAGAGCCUACAGUCUGACCACGUGGACGAGAACGUCAGCGUUUCACAAGCUUGUGAGUUUGUGAUCGAUGCGCAGGAACAAUGUGACCAAUGUCAGGCUAACUACGUCGAAACCGACGUAAAUGCUCCUAGAAGUAAGAAAGUCUGUUGUAAAUAUAGUAACGAUAUCAUCGGAGAAUCUGCGGAGCGAACACAACGUAAUCAAAGCGUAAAAGUAACGGACACCAAUGUUCAGGAACUUCACACCAUCAUUACCGAAAACGAUGUCCAGCUAAUGUCCACGCGCGUGAGUCCAAAACGCAGCGAAGUGACACCGUCAGGAACUGAAAAUGUUGGAAUGGCUUCUUCUCAUAAUGAGGAAGAAAGUUUGGGUCAGCUGAACUCCGAUGAUCUUCCAAUGAACAAUGAAGAGAAGGCUACUACAGACGAGGUUGAAUGUGGGUUUAACACACUGACCAAUUCGAUCGAAGGUAAAGCGUCUAUAGUUAGUGACUUAGAUCACCGUAAUGAAAGAGGAUAUAAUCAGAAUAUUAGUCAAAAUUCUAAACCGUUCAAAUCCUCGUUGAAGAAAAGCUAUAAUCGGUUUAAAAACAGAUCGUCUCGAGUUACAUUUAGUGAAACUAUGACUGUGUUUUCGGAGGAAUUUUCUAGACCAAAGGUAGUUGCUAUAAGGCCAACAGAUUUAACCCUAACCGAAGCAUGUUCCGUGUACGAGCCCCCGCCUCAGUAUCAAGACUCGUUGGAUCUCAACCCCCCAACUGAAUAUCAAGAUACAACGGAUGACGUGACUUUUCUUCUGGAAAGAGAGUUUGACACGGUAUCCAUAGAGACGGCAUCAGAGGAAGGAGGUAUUACCGAAGUAACCAAUGGCAACUGUAACGUCAAAGUGAGGUUAAAUAAAGGUAACACAACUGUGGAAACUUGUGUUGUUCGUGAUACCUUAUCAAGUGUCGGCGAGGAUAAAGAUGUAUGCGUGGAAAAAGCACCACUUUGUACCAUUAAUCCAGGCGAAGACAUCCAAAAAAGACUUGAGUGCGAGACCUUUCUCGAAGAAGAAAAAGAAACUUGCGAAAACGGGAACAGCUCGAAAAACACUGCUGUUCUAACAUUGGAUAAUGUGAGUUCUGACGACAGAAUAAGCGACUCGUUGGAAUCUAAAACUCGAGAAUGUGUGCCAGACGUAUUGUCUGGAAUCACGGAGCUUGAGACUAAAACCCCCGCUCUGGAGAAACAGCCUUCUAGCCUCUCACCCCCACUGAAACAGUUCAGUGUGGACCUGGUCCAUCCCGGGAAGGAAGACGAGGACUGGCAGGCCGAGCUUAAUCCACGUAGCUCUAUCCAGGAGACAGAUAGUGAUUCUAGCAUGUCAUCUCAAGAAACCAUCAUCAUGAUGACGUCAGAAGAGAGGAAACGGAACGAGGAACACAUUCGGGAUAGUUUACGAAGGUACGAGAAGCUUCGGAGACGGAUUUUGGGAGACCACGUGAGUGGAAACCUAAACGAAAAUUUAACUUAUAAUUUGCAUGGCAGCGAAUACAAUAAACUAACUGGCUCUUCCCCAUUUCUCCGCGACGAAAAACGAAAUGAAAGGCUGAAAGAGCACUCUGAACUUCGGCUAAAUGGUAUCCUUAGAACUAACUCUCAAAUUCGCGAAACAAUUGAAAAAAAUGCUUUGCGCCGCAGUUUACAAAAGAAAACUAAAGCUCGAAAGAAAUAUUCGCCAUCUGGUGGAGAAGUAAAUAAAGAGCAAUCAAAAUCACCCCCCAAAUCAGAUACGUCAUUGGUUGAAAAACUGAAAUGGUUGACUAGUGAAAUUUCGGAGCAAGAAGGUGAAUUAGGAACUGGUACAAAUAGUUUACAAAAUUAUACUUGUAACAUCGCUGAAAACCAUAAUCACGAGGCUGUUAGCUUUGAAGGUGCGUUACCCGAGGAACCGGUAAAUGGGAAGGUGCUGUGUGACCAAUAUUUACCACAGACAGGACGAUCACUUCCUGUCAUACUUCGAAAAAAACGCCAUGUUCACGGACAAGGGAAUUUUCAGAAAAGGCCAUCAUCACUCGGGAAUGAUUGGGAAGAUCUUUCUAGCAGAGACGAAAGGUUAGCUACCAUGAUGAUCCCCAGUGACCUACGGGAUUGGAAAAUAGAUUAUCAAUCCAGUGGCUUCAGUUCUCCUACUAGUAACGGAAUUGCUCAACCUUUUACCAAUGGAGGGGUAAUUGACGACUUACGCAGUUUCCACGCACCCUCUUUACGGUUGUCGCAUGGGGGCAAAAGGGGUGUUCUCACCAGUGGUGCGUCAGAUGAGUUGGAACGAUUUGUAAAACAGGACUUAAUAAGGAUUGAGAGGAUUCGUAAACGGUAUAGUUUAUCUGAAGAUGACACGGGUCUUGCAUUCGGGUUUUCUCGUAGGCCAUCAGUUAGGGGAAUUCGCCCCCGAUUCGGCUCAACAACCGAAAUCAUGAAACAAAUGCAACUUCAACUUGAGCCGCCUGCAUUAACAAACAUUGGGAACCACGUAACCUGGUGGCCUUACGCAACUGUUGUCAAUGGAAACCGCUCACAACAACGAGAUCAAAGUUACAAAGCGGCACUGGUUUUGCCAGGAGUUAGAGAAGAGGAAGUCAAUGGGCCAGACUUAAUUCCUGAAGUGCACAGGAAAAAGGUUUUACCAAAGCGUACCAAUAUGCGUAGCAGUACCAGUGACAUUUUAUCGCACCCACAGGCUCGAAACGUUCAAGAAGGCAACCCUGUUCAUUUCUACAAUGAUGGUUUUGCGUCACACAAUAGAAUAAAUAAACGUACAGGAAAGAGAGUUGUGUACUCUCAAAAUGAACGGGGUGUCCCAGAGGGAGCUAGUUCCUCACCAAGGGCCGCUUCAGAUUCAGUUUUUCACAGAGAGUCCUCUUACGGUAAAUCAGAACCCAUUAAAGAAACCGGGGUGAUAUAUUACGCUAUGAACGUGUGAACGGAAACAAAUAAAUGAGAACUAAUUAAAGAAACCGGGUUGAUAUAUUAUGCUGUGAACGUGUGAACGGAAACAAAUAAAUGAGAACCCAUGAAAGAAACCGGGGUGAUAUAUUAUGCUAUGAACGUGUGAACGGAAACAAAUAAAUGAGAACCCAUUAAAGAAACCGGGGUGAUAUAUUAUGCUAUGAACGUGUGAACGGAUACAAAUAAAUGAUAACUAAUUAAAGAAACCGGGUUGAUAUAUUAUGCUGUGAACGUGUGAACGAAAACAAACAAACGAUAACCCAUUAAAGAAACCGGGUUGAUAUAUUAUGCUGUGAACAUGUGAACGGAAACAAAUAAAUGAGAACUAAUUAAAGAAACCGGGGUGAUAUAUUAUGCUAUGAACGUGUGAACGAAAACAAAUAAAUAAGAACCCGUGAAAGAAACCGGGGUGAUAUAUUAUGCUAUGAACGUGUGAA